GGUCCAACGUUGGCGCCAGAUGAGCUGUGGCGCCAGCUGUACACACAGGCUGUGAGAGGAAACGAAGAGACACAGAGCAGGGCAGUGUGACGAGGCUCACCGAAAAAAAAAAAAAACUUGCAAACCUUCCGCCAACCCAGUGUUUGAAAUCGCAAAAAGAUUCUCAGUCUUUUCUCUCUGCAACAACCAAAAAAUACCAGGACAGAAAGGUUUGAUUGCCGACUAGAGCAGUGGUGCAGGUGAAAAAACCCAACUUAUAACCCCGAUUCUCUCUUUGGUCAUCAUCCGGCAGAAAAAACGGAGGCCGUGGGGCUGGAGUGUGUUCUUAUGGCCGAGUCAGAGACUGAGUGUGACACUCCAGGGCUCGACACACUUGGGUCGGAGUGUGUCAUAGCCCAUAGCCAUGUCGACCUUCACUACGCAGCAGAAACGGAGAUCAUUACAGAGGAGAAGCGUGGAUUGGAGCUGGGGAUCCAUGGCUCAGACCUAAAGAUACAGGGACUCGGGGGAGACCUUGGGGCUGUCACGUGUGUGGAUGCAAUCGUUGCAGAGACAGACCAUGACUAUAUCAAGGUAGAGAAUGCUGACAUACACUGUUUCACGGCAGCAGAAAUUAAGACGGAAACCGGGGAAACUUUGCUGGGUGAGGUGCUUCUUAAGACGGAUGGCGAGCAUGUGGUUAAAAUGGAGUCGGAUCACGGUGGGGAGUUGACAGUGGAAUCGGAGAAUGGAGUGAUCAUACAUGAAGCUCAUGGCUUACAGUGCAACGAGUGUGGGGAGAUUUUUGGCAGCAUAGCUGAUCUUCACCAACAUUUUGAGAUCCACAAGGACCUCAACCCGUAUAUCUGCAUCCACUGCGGGGAGAGUUUUGCUGUAGAGGCCAGCCUCAAGCAACACAUGAAAAUCCACAUGAAAGAAAAACCAUAUGUUCCCCCAGGCGUCGACCUCAUCGGUAAAGAUGUGAUCGAUGCCUACAGCCUUAAGUCUCAUCAGAUGAUUCAUUUGCCAGACAAGCCCCACAGAUGCACAGAGUGUGGCAAGAGCUUUGCAGCUGCCAUAACACUGAGAGAACACAUGAAGAUGCAUUCUGAGGACAAACCAUACAAGUGCACACAAUGCAGAAAGAGCUUUGUCCGUAGGAGGCAUUUAAAAAAGCACCAGGAGGUCCAUGCACGUGAAAAACCAUACACCUGUGGCCAGUGUGGCAAAGGCUUUGCUACGACUUCCAAUCUGAAGCAGCACCAAAAGACCCACGCUGUUGUCGUGCUGGGGGAUAAGCCCCACCGGUGCGCGCAGUGCGGGAAGUGCUUUGCAGCCGCCGCAACUCUAAGAGAGCACCAGAGGAUCCACUCUAGUGAAAAGCCGUACAAAUGCAACAUGUGCAGGAAGAGUUUUGUUCGCAAGCGUCACCUGAAGAAGCAUCAGCAAGUUCAUGCUGGGGGGAAGCCCUACACCUGCCGACAUUGCAACAAGGGCUUCAACCACUCCUCAUCCCUGUCUCGCCAUAACAAGACCCACCUGCAGAACCCAGUGUUUUCUCCACCACAGCCCGGGAAAGCUGUCGCUUUCGUCUCGCCACCAAAGCAAAGGGUACUUCAGGAAGGGGAGAAACCCUACAUGUGCCACCACUGUGACAAAGGCUUCAAUCAUUCCUCCUCCCUGUCACGGCACCAAAGAGUCCAUUCGGAUGGAAAAACGUACACCUGUGGUCACUGCGGCAAAAAGUUCAACCACGGCUCUUCCCUCGCGAGGCAUCAGAGAGUUCAUUUGGAGAAGCAGGCUCUUUCAUCGCCGCUGCAGCAACAGCAGCAAUUACAACCGCAACCACAAUCACCACCAACACCGCAGCCGCAACAAUACACUGCCAUCCCCGUCGGAAAGGCUUACUCCAACAACGCCUUCCCAAAGCAGCUCAUCCUGUCUGUGGAAAAACCAUACAGGUGCUCUCACUGCGGAAAAGGCUUUAACCAUUCUUCGUCUCUCUCAAGACAUCAUAGGAUCCACAUAGAUCACAGACCAGGGCCCCACCCUUAGUCAGCCCCACAUUAUCAUGUUUCCUUUGGGUUUUGCUCCCCAAAUCUUCAUGUCUGCAUCCCGGCACCACAGAUAACGACGAACCAUUUUCUCCAGUCAAAAUGGUCAUGUCACUGUAUUGCUGCGGUUACAUGGAGCAGCUCUGAAUAAAUUGACAAUGCACAUUUAUCCCAAAAAAGGAUGGGGAGGGUGAGGGUGCUUGACUUAAACACUCAGAACUGAACCCACGGCUGUUGUGUUUAACUUGGUAUAAUAUAUUGUGAAGGAAUUUCCUGUGAUUCUGCUUCACUUGCUCCAGGACUUUUAAAAGGAAAUAAAAAUGUUCAAGAGAAAACUUUGGAUAAAUAUGCCUCACUUACGAAUUUCAUUGAGUUCCAUUUAGGUUUGCACAUUUGCGUUUCAGCUGCAACUUUAUUGAAAUUGUUAAACACAACUGAACAAGAACUUUUGCCUCCAUUUGAAAAUCUUUUUUUUUCCCUCAGCUUUUUAACUCAUGAAGCAAAUAUCAAAAAAUCCAAUGUAGAUACUUAUUGAUUUUCUUUUUUAUAUAUAUGUGUGCGUGUAUAGGUAACUAGUGUGCUGUUCCAGAAGAUACAAUUUUUGAUAGCAGGAUUCACUCUGUCUCCCACUUUUUUUUUUUUUUUUCUGACUUUGAUUUGUUUUAAGUGUUGGAUAUAAAAACGAAAGAAGAUGCAGAAUGUUUUUCCUUUAAGCUUGUGUUUUGAGUUGGGCUCCGUUAACAUGAGCCAUCUUGUAUAUUUAUCAGAUUGUUGUUUUUUUUUUUUUUUUGUACGUCUCUGGUUUAGCACGGCUUCAUGGUUUGUACAGAGAGCAAUACUGGCUAACACCUGAGUCCAUUCUGACAGGAACUUUACUGAUGGGGAAAUGCAUAUUAGAAAAUAAAAACCCUCUGGGUAGCAUACUCCAACAAGACCCGUGUCCUAAUUAUUUACUGUGGUUUCAACUACACUUAAGAUCCAAGUGUACAGUAUUGCUUUGGAAAAUAAAUACCUGUGUAUAGAGUUAUAGGUAACGCAUAUUCUUGUUGACCUGCAAACUUUCGUUGUUUGAUCUAAAACAAAACAAAAACUGUUGUGUAUACUAAAACAUGAGAAUCUCAUUUUACAAGAUUUUUCUGAAGUCCAAUGGAUUGCGCUCUAUUUACUGUUCUGUGUAAAAUAUCUUUUAGAAACUGACAUAUUUUUUUAAGAUAUGGCUUGGGUUAUAUGAAAGGGAACGAGAGACUGGAUUUUAUGAGAGUUAAACAUUUUGGUGAGCAAUAUCUUAUUCGGAUAAAAGUUGUGCGUCACAUUGUAGCAUAGUCCUUUUCCUUGUUUUAGUUAGGUGCCUUAUUGCAUGCAACGUAGAAAUGUAUGCCGAGCUGUUAUUUCAGAAGUUAGGGAUUUCAGGAUUCUUUUUUUUUUUUUUUUUUUUUUAGCUCUUAAUCAUAUUAACUUACCCUACAUUUAAAUUUUUCACCUUUUUAUUUUGCUUUUAUGUAUAUUGCUAUGUGUUUACACUGUUACAACUAUAUUGUUUCCCCCCUCCCUCCCAAUUAUUUUUGUCAAUGGCCUGGUAGAGAAAAUGAUGUAAAAUCUCCAUAUAGACUAGAGGGCAAACCCUGUAACAUGUUUCCCAUCUGAGUGGCACAUAUAUGGAUAAAAUAAAGGUUGUUGACUCUCA